CCAGAACUACUGUCACGACCGUCCUCAUGACGACGAAAGAAAAAGUCUGAGUGAAAAGGAAAAUGAGCUGAAAAAACUGCUUGUAAUUAAAGUCACAAGUUAUCAUGUGUACUCUAAUAGGAAGGAAGGGUUCUCGUGUACAGUGCUCCACUGUUGCUUUCUAUUUGCAUCUCUUCAGUGCUCCUCUGGUUCCUGUUUGCGAAUAAAACUAACUAAACAGUUAGUAAACUUUGUAAAAAUGGAGACAUUCGGGUCCUCUAGUGUUUAAUAGUUGUAGAAGGAAUUCAUUAACAGAGGACGUUAAAAGCACUAAUACUUAUAAUGUAUUAGGAGGAAAAAAGAAGACAGAAUGGCAGACAGAAGGACUUACAACGUUGUGGUUUUGGGUGUGGGAUUUCUGCUCAUUUUCACCGCCUUCACCACCUGUGGGAACGUUGAACAAACUGUGGUGAAAAGUCUGAACAAUUCAACUUUCAGCGGAAGUGGUUACCACAGCCUGGGGAUCAUCUAUGGAGUUUUUUCGUUCUCCAAUCUGGUUGCACCAACUGUUGUUACAGUUAUUGGAGCGAAACUGACCAUGUUUUUGAGUGGCCUACUUUACAGUGGUUACAUUGCAGUGUUCAUCAUGCCCUCUACUUGGUCAUUUUACCUGACCUCUGUUCUCAUCGGAGUAGGAGCAGCAUUGCUCUGGACUGCGCAGGGGCAUUUCCUGGUGGAAAACUCAGAAGCUUCCACCAUCAACAGGAACACCGGUUUGUUCUGGGGUCUGCUACAAUGCAGCAUGCUGUUUGGGAAUCUUUACAUUUACCUCGACUGGAACGGAAAAUCAGAAAUAUCAGACAGCAGCAGGAGGAAUAUUUUUCUGUUCCUGCUGGUCUCCUCCAUUCUUGGCACGCUCAGCUUCCUGGUCUUGAGGACGAGUCAUCGUGAAGAGGAGCUGCUGUCUGAAGAGGAAGGGCAGUCGCUGCUCUCAACGCGCACAAUGUACAAGAACAGAGCAAACGCCGCUCUACAGGAUACCAAAACAGAGUUCCAAACCAUCCUGCAUCUAUUGAAGACAAAAACAAUGAUGCUCCUGAGUCCCUGCAUGGUUUACAGUGGGCUUGAACUGUCUUUCUACAGUGGAGUGUACGGAACGUGCAUUGGGGCAACUGCCCACUUUGAAGAAGCAGCCAAGGGCUUGAUUGGGAUCUCUGGGAUAGUGGUGGGCAUCGGAGAAAUAGUAGGUGGGGGGUUGUUUGGACUCCUGUGUAAAAACAGUCGCUUCAGACGAACCUCGGUGGUGUUUCUGGGGAUGGUCGUCCAUUUCGUCGCUUCCUACCUAAUUUUCCUCAACAUCCCAGAUGACGCGCCUAUCGUCGUUGAAACCACCACAAAAAAAAAUCCAUUUCUAAACCCAUCUGCAUCUAUUGCCCUGCUGUGCUCCUUCCUGCUUGGACUUGGAGAUAGUUGCUUUAACACGCAGCUCUACAGCAUAUUGGGCUAUAUUUACGCCGAACAAAGCACGCCUGCCUUCGCCAUCUUUAAAUUCAUCCAGUCUGUGAGUGCAGCAGUGGCGUUCUUCUACAGCGGCUACCUUCUGCUGACGUGGCAGCUCCUGCUUCUGGUCAUCCUCGGCUUUACUGGAACUCUCUGCUUCUUCAUAGUUGAGAGGAUACAGGAGUACUCCAUGGAUUCACAGGAACUUUGAAAAGCAGGUUUCUGUGGUCAGAAUCAUUUAUGACCUGGAAAACAAAUGUAAUCCUGAAACUCAGUCUUGCAUUUUAAUUAAAAAAAUAAUAAUGUAUCAUUGUGAUAAAGUGACCAAUGAAGAAUCACAGCAUAUCAGCUUCUGCAAUAUGUUAGAAUGUUAGUUGACCUUGUUAUGGUCAAACGUUUAUAUCCACUUGUUUUAUAUUAUACUCCACAUUAUUUCUAGCUCAGGUUUGUCUUAAUGAAAAUUCUAAUAUUUUAUGUGUCUACAUCCUUUUUAUGAAUAUAAAUUAUACUAAAUAAUGCCUGACAAUCACUACUUUAUGUCAUGUUUGUACAUUUUGCUCUGUAGUGUAAAUGUCUCUUCCUUUUGGGCAAAUCUUUGAAUAAUAAAAUUUUAACGCAC